AUGUCACAAAGUUCCUAUAGCUCCUCAUACUUGGGUUUAAGAAUCGGUAUCUCAUGGAAAGAACUUGAUUGCUGUGUAUGCUUAAAGUCCAUGAGCCCUUCUCCAACUGUUGGGCCUAUGACAGCUUCAGACAGUUUUAGUCACCGUUGCAGUAUUUGUGGUGCAGCGGCUCACCUAAGCUGCUCUUCUAGAGCGCACAAGGAUUGCAAGUGUGUAUGCAUGAUGGGGUAUGAGCAUGUGAUGCACCAAUGGGCUGUCUGUUGGAAUGAGACUUCCGCUGGUGAAUUUUUGAGCUCCAUUACUCAGGGGGCCAAUGAGAUAGCAUCUUCAGUACGUGCAACUAUUAGGAGUCAGAGCAAGAAGUCCAAGCAUGGAAAUGAAACCUCUGUUGACAUGGGAAAUAGUGGUAGUACUGGGGAUAUGUCCACAGAAAGCACAGCUGAUACUCAUCAAGCUGUUAAUGGUUCUCAUGAAAUUGAGGAAAACCGUAAUGGUACUUUGAAUGUGGAUUUGCAGCACCAAGACGGUGAUGUAGAUAGGAAAUUGGAUUCUAAGCCUAGUUUUAGGAAUUCACUGAGGCGACGAUUGAAUAUUCUUCUCAAUCCUGUUCAGGUUUUUGAGCUGAGUUCAACACAAGGACCGGGGAAAAGCAAAACUUUGUCGCCUCAUACAGUUGCUAUUCUACCUGCCAGAAUGGGGAAUGAUCUGGCUAGAGUUUUGUCAUGGGGAGGUGGUUUGGGCUCAGUGGAGAGACAAGGAGGCCUUUGCACAGUUUUGCACCACAUAGAGCAUGCUGCAGUAACCAUUCUUGAUCGUUGGAAGUUGGAGUGCCAGAUUUUGGUUGGAUUUUUCUGGUUAUCGGGUUCUUAUUAUCAAUGGGCUGCUGAGGAGCCACUUGGUCAUGCAGCUGCCAUUAUCACUGAUGUUCUUGAGAAUGCCGAGACCAACCAUGUAAUAAGUGCUGUGCAGAAGCAAGCUCUUGUUCAAGAAAUGGCACUGAGGCUGACUUAG